UUUUUUUUCUUCAACAGAUACAGAGUAUUCGUAUUACAAUUUAAUCUUGAAGAAAGCAGGACAAUUUUUAUCCAAUUUCCAAAUCAAUCUGUUGAAGUUUGCACUUUCCAUACGGGCAUAUUCUCCAACUGUUCAGAUGUUUCAGCAGAUUGCAGCUGAUGAACCUCCACCAGAAGGCUGCAGUGCAUUUGUGGUUAUCCAUGAGAAGCACACCUGUAAGACUAAUGAAAUUAAAAAGCUUCUGAAGAAGGCUAAUAAGAGACCCAGGCCAUAUCUUUUUAAAGGAGAUCAUAAAUACCCAACUCUCAAAGAGGAUGGCCCAGUUGUUAUUCUUUAUGCAGAAAUGGGUACAAGAGACUUUGUUAAAUUCCACAAAAUUUUAUCUGAGAAGGCUCAAAAGGAGGAAAUUGUUUAUGUUCUCCGGCAUUAUGUUCAGAAACCACGCUCCAGAAAAAUGUAUUUAUCUGGAUAUGGUGUAGAACUUGCAAUAAAGAGCACAGAAUACAAAGCAGUAGAUGACACACAGGUUAAAGUAACAAAUGAAACCACAAAAGAGGAAGAUGAGGAGGAGGAGGAAACUGAUGUCCAAGGAUUUCUCUUUGGCAAAUUAAAACAAUUGCAUCCUGACCUGAAAAACAAUCUGAAAGAGUUUAAGAAACAUCUAAUUGAAACUACAAACAGCAUGGAACCACUAAAGGUUUGGGAAUUACAAGAUCUUAGCUUUCAAGCAGCUGCUCGAAUUAUGUCUACCCCUGCUUAUGAUGCCUUAAAGGUGAUGAAAGACAUAGCUCAGAACUUCCCAAUAAGAGCCAGAUCAUUGACGAGAGUGCCUGUUGACAAGCAAAUGAGAAAUGAAAUAGAAGAAAAUCAGAAGCACCUUCAUGAAACACUUGGAAUCCAACCUGGUGAAGCACGUUUAUUUCUAAAUGGCCUUCAUAUAGACCUGGAUUUUCAUGAUCCAUUUAGUAUCUUAGAGACUCUUAAAGUGGAAGGGAAAGUAAUGCAUGGCCUUCAUGAACUUGGAAUCCAAGAGGAAAUCCUGAGUAAAUUUAUGAGAUUGCAUAUUCAUCCAGCAGAUAGCAGCUAUGCACUGGACAUUCGUCACUCUUCAGUAAUAUGGAUUAAUAACAUAGAAAAAGACCGCAGCUACAUUACAUGGCCUGCAAGCUAUCAGGAACUGCUAAAACCUACAUUUCCUGGAGUUAUACCACAGAUUAGACGCAAUUUAUAUAAUCUGGUACUUUUUGUUGAUCCUGUCCAAGAAGAUACAGAUGAUUAUAUGAAACUGGUGGAAUUAUUCUAUCAUCAUAAUGUACCACUUCGAAUUGGAUUUGUUUUCAUUUUAAAUACAGAAGAAGAAAUUGAUGGAAAUGAAGAUGCUGGAAUAGCUCUUUGGAGAACUUUUAAUUAUGUUACAGAGGAAUCUGACAACUUUCAAGCCACUAACUGCAUAAUUCAUAUGUACCAUGAAGUGAAAGAUGGAAAUGUUCUGACAGUGAAUCAUGUGAAAAAUAUUCUUAGAAGAGAAUACCCCCAUGCUGAUGUUCAGAGUAUACUAGGUGUUCAUUCUGAGUAUGAUGAAGGGAGGAAGGCAGGAGCAACCUUUUAUAAAAAGACUGGCCUGGGUCCUUUACCUCAAGCUCUGUUUAAUGGUGUGCCCUUCAGCAAAGAAGAGAUGAAUGCUGCAGAGUUAGAGGCUGUUAUUCUUCAGAGAAUUAUUGAUGCCAGUGGGUUCUUCCAGAGGGCAGUGUUCAUGGGUUUGUUAAAUGAUCAUAUAAAUGCAGUAGAUUUUCUUAUGGAUCAGAACAAUGUUGUUUCUCAUAUAAACCCCAGUAUUCUUGGAGCAGAAAGGAAAUACCUACGUUUCAGAUCUACAUCUGUUCCAUUUGAUGUGCAGGACUUCUCUACUUUCUCCUUUUUGGACUCACAAGAUAAAAGUGCUGUAAUUUCAGACAGCAUGAAGUAUUUAACAAAAAAGGAUGAAGAUGUGUUAUAUGCUGUGACUGUUUGGAUUAUUGCUGAUUUUGAUAAUCCAUCUGGAAGACAACUGCUUUCUAGUGCCUUGAAACACCUGAAAACAAGCAGUCAUAUACGAAUUGGGGUUUUGAACAAUCCUUCAUCAAAAAUAAAGGAAGAUAACACAGCCAUUGCAAGAGGAAUUUUGGCAGCUUUUCUAACACAAAGCAACAGAAGCUUAAAAAGUUUCCUAAGUAAACUCACAAAGGAAGAGACAGCAAAAUCCCUUGCUGCUGGAACUAAAAUUGUUAAAAUCCUCCUCCCAGGAAUGAAUGAUGAUGCUUUUGAGAAGAAGUACAACACUUUAGGAUUGGAUAUAAUUAAAACCCACCAGAUGUUCUGUCAGGAGGUUCUUAAGCUGCUCCCUGGGCAAAUGGCUGUUGUGAGCAAUGGCAGGGUAAGAAAGGAAUUGUCAUCUCUCAGUUUUUUUGUGGUUACUUUUUAUUUCCUGGAAUUUCAGUUUCCAACCAAAGAAAAUACAAGCUAUUAA